CACCUAAAAAAAAAAGUUAGUCUCUCGCAACGAUUCAAUUUACUGUAACCUUGGAUCUCCGACUCCGAUUGAAGCGAGGUUCCAUCUUGCUUGGCUUCCCAAUUUGCUCCAUUUCUCGCUUUUUUUUUUUUAUCGUUUCUCCUACUCGAAUCUGAGCGAAGAAGAGGAAGGAAGAUGCACAUAAAGGAGAUAUGCCUCGAAGGUUUCAAAUCAUACGCGACGAGGACGGUCGUCUCUGGCUUCGAUCCCCACUUCAACGCGAUAACGGGUCUGAACGGGUCGGGGAAAUCGAACAUCCUCGAUUCCAUCUGUUUCGUUCUGGGUAUCACCAAUCUCCAGCAGGUUCGAGCUGCUAAUCUCCAGGAGCUCGUCUACAAGCAAGGCCAAGCUGGGAUUACCAAGGCCACCGUCUCCGUUACCUUUGACAAUUCCGAGAGACACAGAAGCCCUCUCGGCUACGAGGAGCAUCCCGAGAUCACUGUCACUCGACAAAUUGUGGUUGGUGGUCGUAACAAGUAUCUGAUAAAUGGGAAGCUUGCGCAACCAAAUCAAGUCCAGAAUCUAUUCCACUCGGUGCAGCUUAACGUCAACAACCCCCACUUUCUCAUCAUGCAAGGGCGUAUCACCAAAGUCUUGAACAUGAAACCUCCCGAGAUCCUAUCCAUGCUCGAGGAAGCUGCUGGCACAAGAAUGUACGAAAACAAGAAAGAGGCUGCACUGAAGACGCUUGAGAAAAAGCAAACCAAGGUCGAUGAGAUAAACAAGCUUCUGGAUCACGAGAUAUUGCCGGCUUUAGAGAAACUGAGGAAGGAGAAAGCGCAGUACAUGCAGUGGGCUAAUGGCAACGCAGAGCUAGAUCGUCUGAAGAGGUUCUCUAUUGCCUUUGAGUAUGUCCAAGCAGAGAAGAUUAGAGACAACGCUGUUCAUGGGGUGGAAGCAAUGAAGGCGAAGCUCACUAGUAUUGACGAGGAAACUGAAAAGGCACAUGAGGAAAUUAAGGGUAUUGAGAAACAGAUCGAGGAUUUGACUCGGGCAAAGGAAGCCAGCAUGGGAGGGGAAGUAAAAACUCUGUCCGAGAAAGUGGAUUCACUGUCUCAAGAGAUGACACGUGAGUCAUCUAAGCUUAAUAAUAAGGAGGACACCUUUCUGGGAGAAGAAGAGAAUGCUGAAAAGAUUGUUCAUAAUAUCGAAGAGUUGAAAAAAUCCGUCAAAGAGAGAGCCGCUGCUGUUAAGAAGUCUGAGGAUGGAGCGGCUGAUCUAAAACGAAGAUUCCAGGAACUCUCCACAACAUUGGAAGAAUCUGAAAAGGAGCACCAGGGGGUACUAGCUGGUAAGAGUAGCGGAAAUGAAGAGAAAUGCCUAGAAGAUCAACUACGGGAUGCAAAGAUUGCUGUUGGAACAGCAGGAACAGAGUUGAAACAGCUGAAAACCAAAAUAGGACACUGCGAAAAGGAGCUAAAGGAGAGAAAGUCUCAGUUAAUGUCAAAACAGGAUGAAGCCGUUGAAGUUGAGAAUGAACUUGGUUCUAGAAAAGGUGAUGUGGAACGUGUAAAAAAGGCACUUGAAUCUAUUCCUAUUAAAGAGGGUCAAAUGGAAGCAAUGGAGAAGGACCGUGGAUCUGUACUUGAAGUUGUGCAAAGGCUGGAAGAUAAAGUCCGUGGUUUAUCAGCUCAAUUAGCAAAUGUUCAAUUUUCAUACCGCGAUCCUGUGAGAAACUUUGACCGAUCAAAAGUGAAAGGUGUGGUCGCAAAACUAAUAAAAGUAAAAGACAGGAACUCAAUGACAGCGUUGGAGGUUACUGCUGGUGGAAAGUUGUAUAAUGUUGUUGUGGACUCAGAAGAAACUGGGAAACAGCUCCUUCAAAAUGGAGCUCUUAGGAGAAGAGUUACAAUUAUACCUCUGAACAAAAUUCAAUCUUACGUUGUUCAGCCUAGAGUGCAGCAAGCGACUGCUAGAUUGGUUGGGAAGGAUAAUGCAGAACUGGCACUUUCUUUAGUCGGUUAUAGCCAGGACAUAAAGAAUGCCAUGGAGUAUGUUUUUGGCUCCACUUUUGUUUGCAAAACUACUGAUGCGGCAAAGGAAGUUGCUUUCAAUAGGGAUAUUCGGACUCCAAGUGUCACACUUGAAGGUGAUAUUUUCCAGCCCAGUGGUCUUCUUACUGGUGGGAGUCGCAAGGGUGGAGGUGAUCUCCUUAGGCAACUCCAUGACCUGGCAGAAGCUGAAUCAGAAUUACAAGGACACCAGAGAAGGUUGGCUGACAUUGAAGCGCAGAUCAAAGAGCUUCAGCCCCUUCAAAAGAAAUUCACAGAUGUUAAAGCACAGUUGGAGCUAAAAACGUAUGAAUUGUCCUUAUUCCUGAAGAGGGCUGAACAGAAUGAGCAUCACAAGCUGGGCGAAGCAGUACAAAAACUUGAAGUAGAGCUUGAAGAAACGAGAUCCCAAAUUAAAGAGAAGGAACUUGCUUACAAUAAUUGUGUUGAUGCUGUCUCCACAUUAGAGAAAUCCAUCAAAGACCAUGACAAGAACAGAGAGGGAAGACUCAAAGGUUUGGAAAAAAAUAUUAAGACCAUUAAAGCUCAGAUGCAGGCAGCUUCCAAAGAUUUAAAGAGUCAUGAAAAUGAAAAAGAAAAGCUUGUGAUGGAGGAAGAAGCGAUGGUUCAGGAACAAUCGUCCUUGGAAAGCCAGUUAGCUUCAUUGAAAACCCAGAUUACCACUCUGACUACGGAAGUAGACGAGCAGCGGGCCAAGGUUAAUGCCUUACAGAAGAUUCAUGAUGAGUCUCUUGCCGAGCUCAAGUUAAUACAUGCAAAGAUGAAGGAAUGCGAUACACAGAUAAGUGGUUUUGUCACUGAGCAGGAAAAAUGUCUACAGAAGCUUAGUGACAUGAAGCUUGAGAAAAAGAAGCUGGAAAAUGAGGUGGUAAGGAUGGAGACGGAUCAUAAAGACUGCUCAGUGAAAGUCGACAAGCUCGUUGAGAAGAAUACAUGGAUAGCAUCUGAAAAGCAGCUUUUUGGAAAAGGAGGGACAGAUUAUGAUUUUGAAUCUUGUAAUCCGUACGUAGCUAGAGAAAAGCUCGAUAAGCUCCAGUCAGAUCAGUCAAGCUUGGAAAAAAGAGUGAACAAGAAGGUUAUGGCUAUGUUCGAGAAAGCAGAAGAUGAAUACAAUGCGCUGAUAUCAAAGAAAAAUACAAUCGAGAAUGACAAAUCCAAAAUCACGAAAGUGAUUGAGGAGCUCGAUGAGAAGAAAAAAGAGACCCUUAAAGUUACAUGGGUUAAAGUUAACCAGGAUUUCGGAUCAAUCUUUUCAACUCUAUUACCUGGUACCAUGGCAAAGCUAGAACCUCCUGAAGGCGGUACUUUCCUUGAUGGUCUCGAGGUGCGGGUUGCCUUUGGUAAAGUAUGGAAGCAGUCUUUGUCUGAACUCAGCGGAGGGCAAAGAUCCCUUCUUGCGCUAUCAUUAAUCUUGGCAUUGCUUCUCUUCAAACCUGCUCCUCUUUAUAUAUUAGACGAGGUUGAUGCAGCUCUUGAUCUCAGCCACACACAGAACAUAGGAAGAAUGAUAAAAGCUCAUUUCCCUCACUCACAGUUUAUCGUGGUUUCGCUGAAGGAAGGAAUGUUCAACAAUGCCAAUGUUCUUUUCCGGACAAAGUUCGUGGAUGGAGUUUCUACAGUCCAGAGGACAGUAACAAAGCUGACCAAGUGAUCAAUCUCUGCUUAUCCCUCAAUCGAAUCAUUCGCAAAUAUGUAUCCACCACUGCUCGGAACGUUUUCGUUGGUGUAUCCAUUGUCCAUAAUUUAUCUUUAUGUUUAUUCCUGCUCUUUGCUGUGAAGAGAUACUCGGUUUAGAUGUUUGUCUUAUUGAGAUUCAAAGCUGGUUCGGUUUUUUUAUCGGUUCUGUUUGUUUUGUAACAGAUGUUUCUUUGUAGCUGAACGGUAUUGAUGUUAUAUUUACGAGUGAAGAAACAGUAUAAUCAGGUUUUA